AAUCGCCGCGGCUUCGUGAGCGGGGCGAGCCGAGUGACAGGCAGACCGACUGGAAGGACGGGUGCACACUAACCCGAAUCACUGCCCACGUCACUUCCGUCAGAAGGACCGGCCCAGCCCCAACACGUCUACUAUACAAGCAGGAACAUGACUAGUCCCUCAAUCGCGAAGAUGUCCGCAAUGGCGUUCAAGGAUAUGAGUCGGUUGGAGCGUGAGCGGAUGAUGGUUCCACACGCGGGCCAGUGUCAGAGGACCCCGACCUUCCCGAGCGAUAUUCACAUGCAUGGGGCAACCUUCCAGGGCAACAUCCGUGGUGCAACCUUCCUGGGCGAUUCUUACAUCACUGGUCCAACCUCCUUCAAGCCCGAGCGACUCCCACACCCCCAGAGGGAACCUUCACGAGUUAUCCCCCAGACCCGUGGCUAUGCUCCUUCCCAGGACAUCCCCACAACCAUGGGACAACCUUCCACAGUCAUCCCCAGACACAUAGCCCAACCUUUCAGGCUCGUCCCCAGACCCGCGACACUGCAACCUUCACGAGUCAACAGCAGACACGCGGUGCAACCCUCUCGAGUCAUCCACAGACCCUCGGCACAACACAGAUCACCUGUAGCGACUGCGACUUCCAGACCGACUCAGAGUUAGACUUCUUACGUCACGUCAGCACGCACAGAGUCAACCUGGGGAAUCCCGAAGGAAGGGCUCCGAACUUCCUACCGCAGUCGAAGCGGAUGAGAAUGUCGUUGGAAGGCGCCGAAAGACGCGUUCAACACCGCGUCGUGCAGCAAAAUCACAACGCACAAGUGCCAGCUGCUGAACAAACUGACAGCACCGCCCUGGACCUGACGACGAAGCCGAAACGCAAUACGGACGAAGCACCGGUAGAUCUUCGCCGGAAAUCCACUUCACCGGACACUACUGGGCCGGCACCGCGGGCUGAACGAGCAACGAUCUCUCCGAGAAACAGCCAGAGUUCGGACAGGCAAGUCCCAGCAGCAGCAGCCCCUCCCUCUCAGUUUCCAGUGAUUCCUCAACGUCAUGUACAAGCCGCAGUUAUGCCGAGAGUUCCACCUCCGUUGAUACAAGUCAGACCUAAACCAAGUCAGGCGUCUGAUGGUAAACUGCAAGUGGAAUCAAGGCAAUCAACAAAUGUCCACCCAACAGCCCAACAACGAAUGAGCCACACACAGACCUUCCCCGCGUAUCAAGGAGAAGAAAUGCAGUCAUUCGUCGCAAGGCACCCAAAUCCACCGACGCUCAUUGCGUCGCCAAACGUACAACAUUUGCUUCCACCGCCGGUCGGAGCAAAGGCCUCGCCCGCGUAUCAAGGAGAAGAAAUGAAGUCAUUCGUCGCAAGGCACCGAAAUCCACCGACGCUCAUUGCGUCGCCAAACGUACAACAUUUGCUUCCACCGCCGGUCGGAGCAAAGGCCUCGCCCGCGUAUCAAGGAGAAGAAAUGAAGUCAUUCGUCGCAAGGCACCCAAAUCCACCGACGAUCAUUGCGUCGCCAAACGUACAACAUUUGCUUCCACCGCCGGUCGGAGCAAAGGCCUCGCCUUGUCCUACACAAACCACCACAAGCAACCCGAGGCAAAGAUACAUUCUUCCCAAGCAAGGCAAACCAAGCGAAGAAAAGUCGACUGUCUCUUGUCUGAAUAACGCUCCAAAAGACACCUCCGACGUGACACCUGCACGGUACUAUCGGCUCGGCCGCGUGCCUGAGUACAUGCGGGGUGGCGCAUGGCACCCAAACCAGCCAACUACCGUUGAGUGCACUGUCCCAGACCAGUCAAUCACUGUGGACCACACCGUCUCAAACCAGCCAACCACGGUAGAGUACACCAUCACAAAUCAGCCAACCACAAUGCAGUGCACCACCAAAAAACAGUCAAUCACUGUGGAGCCCACCGUCCCAAACCAGCCAAUCACCAUGGAGAACACCGAGCCGAACCAGUCAACCACGAUGGAGCAGACUGUCGCAAGCCAGCCAAUGACAGUGGACCUCACGGGUCCAGAGGAAGGACUGGAGAAAGAACAGCCUCGGCGUCUUUCGAUGGUGGAAUGGGCGCGGACAUUCGCCAUUUACGCCACAGCUAAACAGCAGGAGAAGAAGAUGAAACCCACGCCGCGGAAACGCGGACCAAAACCUCGAACAAACAGACAGAACAAACCACAGAAACGUCACGACCACAUGCGUGAAAUUGAGCUGGAACAGCGUCAGAAUCAAGGCGAACAAGUAGCACAACAACAACAGCAGCAGCAGGAGGAGGAAGAGCUACACAAGCGACAGGCAGAGCAAAAUAAGCAAAGUCAAGAGAAUGAUACAGAGGAACAGAGUCAAGCACGUAGUAAUUCUCACCAGGAGCAAGACCAAGAACAGAAAAACUCAGAGGCGACCCUAUGUCAAGAUGCCGGCAGCAAACUGUGGUGGGAGCGACUGCAGGAACUGAUGGCCACGAUGGGAGAGAGGCAGAAGCAAGACCCAGGCUUUGCACAAAAAGUGGUUCGAGAACUUGUUCCCGAUGCAAAACACUAAAAUUUUUACCAAGGAGUCAACAACCACU